AUGUCUGGCCGUGGCAAGAGCGGCGGUAAGGCCCGGGCGAAGGCCAAGUCCCGCUCGUCGCGGGCCGGGCUGCAGUUCCCCGUGGGGCGCGUGCACCGGCUGCUGCGGCGCGGGCACUACGCGGAGCGGGUGGGCGCCGGCGCACCCGUGUACCUGGCGGCCGUGCUGGAGUACCUGACGGCCGAGAUCCUGGAGCUGGCGGGCAACGCGGCCCGCGACAACAAGAAGACGCGCAUCAUCCCGCGACACCUGCAGCUGGCUGUGCGCAAUGACGAGGAGCUGAACAAGCUGCUGGGCGGCGUCACCAUCGCGCAGGGCGGCGUGCUGCCCAACAUCCAGGCCGUGCUGCUGCCCAAGAAGACGGGCGGCGGCGCCGCGGGGCCCGCCAAGGCUGGCAAGAAGGGCGGGGGGCAGCAGUCGCAGGAGUACUGA